AUGAUCAAUUCAAGCGAUGCAUCAGUUACAGCAGAUGCAAUUAUUGACGCUACUACAAGGUUGAGCUUAAGCAGUGGCUCGACCGAACGAGUUGAAAAUAUUAUAGCUGAUAAAAACGAAAGAGUGCCAAGUGCUUCAACACCAGCAACUUCUGUUUGUACUACAAAAAUAGAAAUUUCAUUUGGGGAUAGAAGGUGGGGAAAAGAACGCAAAUUAUGUGAAAUGAUAAUCUCUCCAACAGAUUCUUUUAUAGUCUACUAUCAUAUUGAUGAUGAAACAGUACCUUAUUGCACUGAUGUUCAAGUUCAUCCAGAUAAAAUCACUCUUGGUGAUUUUAAACGAAUUCUCACCCGUUCAAAUUUCAAAUAUUAUUGCAAAGCACCUGCACCAGAUUCUGUGAAAGUCGAAAUACGAGACGACAAUGAGCGACUUCAUCGAUCAGCGAAUGUAGCCAUUCAGAUGGAUCGUCAAACCUACCGCUUAAAUGUGGUGCCUGGACCUGCACCCACGUUAUAUCCUGUUGGAAGCCUAGCAUAUCGACAAGCUGUUCAACAAUAUGAUCAGAGUAUUGCUUCAACUGAUUCGGAGUCAAUGAUUAGCGAUUUGCGAGGUUUGCCAAUACAAAUGAAAGGAGUUUUGAAUCGUCGACCUUUUCAGCAGCAAUAUAUUCUUCCUCAAGGUUCAAUUUUCUUUGAAUUUCUCAUAUUACUAAAACGAUUUUACGAAAGUAAAUGGUCUGCAAUGUUUUCUCCAUCUGUUUUAGAAUUAUUUCUGAUUCAUAUUCAUUCUAAAAUAGCGUCAUGCGUAGAUGUUGUAGUUCCUUUAUUGGUGUAUUUUUCUGAAACAGAAAGAUUUACAAUUUUUGGUCUUGAUAAGCAUGCUGCACUAGACUUAUCAACUUUUAAAACUUUACAAAGAUUUGUAUAA